AUGGUGGGCAAAGUUCUCGACAAAGAUUUCCUAUGGGGGUUUGCUACCGCAUCCUACCAAAUUGAAGGAGCACCCGAAGAAGAUGGCCGUGGUCCCUCAAUCUGGGACAAAUUCUGUAAAAUCCCCGGCAAAAUCGCCGGUGCCUCAUCCGGCGACGUAGCAUGCGACACCUACCACCGCACCGGCGAAGACAUCGCGCUCCUCAAAGAAACCGGCGCAAAAGCCUACCGUUUCUCCAUCUCCUGGUCGCGAGUCAUUCCCCUCGGAGGCCGCAACGAUCCCAUCAACCAAGCCGGUCUCGAUUUCUACGUCAAAUUCGUAGACGACCUACUCGCUGAGGGGAUCAUCCCGAUGGUCACGCUUUUCCACUGGGAUUUACCGAAUGAGCUUGAUGAGCGAUAUGGAGGUCUUCUGAAUAAAGAGGAGUUUGUGGCGGAUUAUGCGAAUUAUGCGAGGGUGUUGUUUAAGGCGAUGCCGAAGGUCAAGCAUUGGAUCACGUUCAACGAGCCGUGGUGUAGUUCGAUUCUGGGGUAUAAUACGGGGUUGUUCGCCCCGGGACAUACGAGUGAUAGGAGUAAGAGUGCGGUGGGGGAUAGUAGUACCGAGCCUUGGAUUGUGGGACAUAACUUUCUAGUUGCUCACGGCACGGCGGUGAAAAUAUAUAGAGAGGAAUUCAAACCAAAGGAUGGUGGGAUAAUCGGAAUCACUCUUAAUGGCGACGGUGUCUACCCAUGGGACCCCAACGACCCUCUCGACGUCGAAGCCGCCGAACGCAAACUCGAAUUCAGCAUCUCCUGGUUCGCUGACCCCAUCUACCUAGGCGACUACCCAGCCUCCAUGCGCAAACAACUUGGCUCUCGUCUCCCCACAUUCUCGUCCGAAGACCUCGCGCUCGUCAAAGGCUCGAACGAUUUCUAUGGCAUGAACCACUACACCGCCAACUACAUAAAACACAAAACCACACCCGCAGACCCCAACGACUUCCUAGGAAACCUCGAAACCCUAUUCGAAUCCAAAUCCGGCGACAACAUUGGCCCAGAAACCCAGUCUUUCUGGCUCCGUCCCAACCCACCCGCUUUCCGCGAUCUCCUCCUCUGGAUCUCCAAACGCUACGGGUACCCGACUGUAUUCUGCACUGAGAACGGCACCUCUCUCAAGGGUGAAAACGACCUUCCCCGCGAGCAGAUCCUCGACGACGAGUUCCGCGCCGAGUAUUUCAGGGGGUAUAUCCAUGCGCUGGCGGAGGCGGUGGAACAGGGCGCGAAGAUUCAGGGGUAUAUGGCGUGGAGUCUGAUGGACAAUUUUGAGUGGGCGGAGGGGUAUGAGACCAGGUUUGGAGUUACGUAUGUGGAUUAUGAGGGCGGGCAGAAGAGGUGGUUGAAGAAGAGUGCGGGGGUUGUGGGGGUGGAGUUUAAGAAGUAUAUUAAGGAUGAGUAA